AUGGAACAGUUUUACCGUGGCGAUGAAAGGCACGAUAGCAUCUUUGAGAAAAUUGGAGAGGGGGGGAGGGGGGCUGCUCGGAGAAGGACCAAUCAUAUCAAGUAUCUUCCUAACUAUUGUCGGCGGGAGAGAGGAAUACACAAGCAGCUGGCCAAAUAUGGAAAUCGUCAUCCCCACCUCCCCUCCUCUAUGGAAUAUACAUCAGUCUUCUCUUCCUAUCUCAUAUGGUGCAGUCAACUCCUGGAGCAGCGCGAAGAGGAGGCCAGGAUGGAGGUUGCUAGGUUGUCAGCAGAGAUCAGGGCUCUGAAGCUCAAGCUUCUCCAGAUCACUGCAGAGCACAACGAGAGUGAGUUUGAAGCACUGAGGGCAUUACGAAAAAAUUGGGAAUGCCCGAAAUGUGAAAAGGCACGGAAAAAUAUCCAACCGACAGACAAGUGUCUCAGCCCGCCAAGAUCGGCGCCACAACAACAAACUGUCGACAGCACGUCACAACUGUUACUUGCUGCCAUUAAAAAUUUAACAGAAGAGGUCAAGGGAUUAAAAUUCUCCCUCGAUGCCAAUGCUAACGAGUGUGAUGAGUGUAUGUUUGUGGGUGGUGUACUGUGCUUAGGAACCCGGAGGUUUGCAAGACCCCAGCAACUGCACCCAUCAGCUGCCCCUGCGGGGCGAUAUUAG